UGUUCAAUCAUGGACUGCUACCAGUAAUUGAUUCUGGUUGGUCAUCAUCAACUGAGUAUGUGAAGCUGGGUUUUGUUCAAUUCCUCCCCUUCUUUCCGUAUUGUCUCGUAUUUAAGUUUAGGAUUCAGUCUUAACAUAAAAAUUUCGUUCAUGUCUCUGUCGAUGUUUAGUUUGAAUGGAAUCCUAAUCUCAAAAGGGUUGUUCUUAAUCUUCGUAGAAAUGUUUUUCAAUUUAAAAUAUGUGUACUUGGAUAGAUAAAACCGUCAUUGUUUAAAAUUUCAAAUUGUUAUAAUGCUUCAGAUAUAUAAAUAAUUUACAAUACGGAAGGUAUGGUAGUAAGGAGGGUUAUUCCCUCAGACAAUAGUUGCCUCUUCAAUGCAGUCGGGUAUGUAAUGGAUCAUGCCCAGAAAAAAGCUCCUGAAUUGAGACAGGUUAUAGCUGCAACGGUAGCAAGCGAUCCCACUAUGUAUUCAGAAGCGUUUCUUGGUAAAUCAAAUGAAGAGUAUUGUGCCUGGAUUCUUGACUCAGAGAAGUGGGGAGGUUUGUUUAGAAAACUUCCUGUUCUUAUGCAUCUGAAUCUUGGUUACCAAACAAAUGCACAUGAAAAGCUUUUCUUGUAAUAGUUUGGGUUAUUUAUUUCUGAUAGCCAACUAAGAGUUCAUAUGGGAAGUGCUUUUAGAGGAAAUGUUUUUGGGUUCCAAAAGUACUUUUAAAUGUUUUUUAUUUUCAGGAUUAACUUGCAUUUUUACUAAGGUGGUCCCAAAAACGUUUUUUCUAAAAGUGCUUUCAGUCAUUUAAAAGCAAUUCUUAAACGAGCUAUAAGUAGCCAAUCAUUAAUUACGCAAGACAGAUAUAUAUCUUCUUCUAGGGUAUUGAGCAUUAUUGGAUUUAUUAGUUGACAAAGUGUUUCUGCCUUGACUGUUUAAAAGAUAGUUUAUUCGGCCAUUGUCUAGAAGAUUAACUUGGAAGUCUCUGUCCCAAUAAAUCAAUGGGACACUAUUAGAUUCGUUUUCCAGACUACACGUUGCGAUUUGUAUAGUCAGGUUAGCAUUAGUAGUGAGUUUUCGUGCAUAUUAAUCUUGUCAGCUUGCCAGUUCUGACUGUUUAUGCCCAUUUUUGUAUGUGGUGCUGUUUGACAGGAGAAGAAGUAUU